GCCACGCAGCUGGAGCCGACGGACUCAUCGGCUGGCUGGCUCGCUGUGGACUGCGGGAUUCACUCUUGCCAGAAAUGUAAAGCAAGUUUAUAUUCUCUGAAAUGGCAACAAUCUGCCAAACACACGGUGAGGGGCUCAGCCGGUGUCACCUGCGCAGCAUAGGCCGCAAAGCUUCUGUCUCCGGUGUUGCAGAGAUCAUCCAUUUUUAUAAGGCAGUUACCCUGAUUGGAAGAAACAAAGAUGUUGUGGACUAUUUCAUCAGUUGUCCAGUUUCAGAGAGAAGAGAUUACAUUUCCCGGACUCAUGCCAGAGUGAUUCGAACCAACGAUACUUACAGACUUGUGGAUUCCAGCUUGACAGGUGUUUAUGUGAACGAUGUUAGAAUCAAUGGUAUAGUUAGCUUGCAGGAAGGAGAUACUGUGACCUUUGGACAUCCUGCAGGGAAUGGUAUCAGGCCUGGAACACAAGUUCGUCAGCCAAAUUCAGAAUUUUACUUUCUGUUUGAACAUUGUUACUGUAGGAUCGAUCAGUUGCGAAGUGCACGUGGAGAGAUGAGGAAUUCGCUACCACAGAUUCAGUUACCGCUGUUGACAUCUGAGGUACCACCAAUGUACAACUCAGGUCUGGUCUUCGAGAACAAUGUUGGCCUUCCCAUUAUAUCCCAGCUGGCAUGGACUUCUCCAGUAGUCCAAAAUAGUGGAGCUCCAUCUACAUCUAGCACACACUGUGGUGAUAGGCAGCCUCCCACAGUCAGUGUGACUCUGCCAUUAACAUCAGCUGGCUCAGUACUGUCUUCAGCGAAGUCUUCUCUGUGUACAAAUUCUGUUAAUGUGACUUCAAACAAAUUAGAAAUGCCUGCAACAUCUACAUCAACUGCAACACCAGAUACUUCUUUGGAAGACUACAGUAGACCUAAUUCUCAGAUUGUACGUUCUGCUUCGCCUGAAUAUGUCCAUAGGAAGGGCUCAACAGUCAGUGCAGAGCCUUCUCAACAAAGUGCACAGUCGUCUUUGUUUCGGGAAAAUGCUGCAAGGACAGCCGAACUGGCUAAUUCUGACUUUCCCUGUGUGAAACCAAGUGGAGCCCAAGCAUGCACAUCAGGAAGCAUGCCAAAGUUUUACAGACCAUUCCUGGAUGAGAGACAAGACAGUGGUGAAAUAGAAACACAACUUCCUGCUGUAACUUCUUAUAAUCUAGAACCUUCACCAUCUUUUCCUCACUCAAGAGAUGCUGUAGAGACACAUGACAGUGACCCAAGUGGCAGAGCAAUUGUCAGAGCUAGUCUUUCUGAUAACAGUCUAGAUCUUUCAGACUCUUUUCUAGUGGAAAGUGGAGGCAACCUUGAUUCCAAUCCACUAGCUCCUGUAGCUGAUAAGUCAGUGCUUAGAAGUUGUGCAAAUUCUGACAAUGAUGUAGUGAUGGAGAUCAACGUUAUUAACCGCACUGAAGAAACAACUAAACAUGAAACUUCUGGGAGUUCAGAACCUUGUAUUCAAAUGCAAGUCACAGAAGUGAUAAAUGAAGCUAUGAAAAAUGUUCAAGUGCCAUCAGUCAGUGAUUAUAAGGUGAAUUUAAUGGAAAAGGAAAGAUCAACAGAAGAACAGAAUAGGUAUUCAUUGGAGCAGCAUAUUGUUGAUGCUUGUGUACAUGAAACUCCAUGUGUGGCUGUAUCUGUUACUGGUGCUGAAACAUCUGAAUCCCAUUCAAAGAAAAAGGGUAGUCUUCAUAUAAAUAGCUUGUCAGAGUCUGUAACUGUUGAAGUAGAAAACUGUUCAGAAGAAGACAUUGCUUUGCGUAAAGAUCCAGAUGGUAGGUCUCCUGCAAAAGAAGUGGUGAGUCCAAAGAAACAAGUGAAUGCAGAUAGUAAAACCUGUGUAGAAGAGUUGGAUUUGCCUUCUGAAACUGCUAUGACCAUAGACAGAACUCGGGAAGUAAGCAUAUCAUUUGUGCCAGACUUAGAACUUCCACAUAGUGUUUGGCAUUCUGAGAUCAAAAAUGAGAUCUGCAAAGAUGAGCUGACUUCAGUUAUAAAGCAAAACAGCCUUAUGCCAAAUGAGGAAGCAAUAAAAGAAAGUAGUGAUAUUGUAGAAAGUGACAGUUGUUCCUUGGCUGACAGAGAAUUGGAAACUUUAAAUAAUAUCUUAGACAUGGAAACUCAGAAGCCUGAAACUACUUUGGACAUUCAAGAAGGAGCUGAACCUAGCAAUGAUAAAAUCAUGACGACAUCAACCAGAGAAGUAGGAGAAAUACAUAGCGAUCAUGUUUUUGAGGACAAGUUGCAAAAUGCUUUAGAUCAGGACUACAUGCUUUCAGACACUGGAAUAAUUAACCUAGAACAUCAGAACUCGUCUGAUGCUCAUAAAAUUCUGACAAUAUGUGCAGCAAAAGAAAUGUCCAGUUCCGAGUAUGAUAUUGGUUCUGCUAAAUCCCAAGAAAAGGAGGAUGACCAUGUCAGUGGGGUUGCCUUAUUCCAGAGCAGUGUUACAGAACAAGUUGUCUCUAGAGCCAGUGGAACAAAGAUUGUCCAGUGUCUGGAUGUGCCUCAUUCAGAAGAGGAAGAAUCAUCAAUGGCUUCUCAGGUGGCAGUGGAUGGGCUUGUAACAAAGAUGCUGCAAAACAAUCCAGAUCCCACAGCACCAGAGAACCUGCCCUUGUGUACAGAGAAUAUCUCAAACUAUCAUGUACAUUCUCUUUCUAAACACCAUAUCCUAUCUAAAGAUACAUACUUGGAAGAUGUAAAUUAUGAUUCUUCCUGUAAUUGUGUGCCAUCUUCCUCUGGAUCUUUGCACAGUGAGAGCUCACCUCACCAACCAGCUCCAAAGGAAGAGGAAUCAUGUAAAUCAGGGGCAGUUGUCAAACCUUUGAGUGGAACAUUUUGCAGUUUGCAGGCCACAGAAGUAGAAAUGACUUCUCCUGAGUAUCCUUGCAGGUAUGAAGAGACUGGAGCUUUUACAUCUGCCAAGAGGUCCAUUAGGGAAACAGUGAGCCAGGAAACGAACAUCCAGCCAUUGUCUCAAAACGAACCUGAAACUUCUGUGAAACAGAAUGCAUGCAAUAAGGCAAAUAUUUCUCAUGCCACUGUGUGUAUAGAGUCUGAAGGCUUUCAGUCAGACCAGGUAUAUAUGACUACAUCGGUAUCUACAAAAGGUGUGCCACAGGAGGUUAGUGAUUUUGGUAUCAAUAAAAUACAUCUGGAAGUAAGUGCUUCUGAAGAGGGUGAAGAGCAAACCGAUAUGAAUGUAAAUGCCAUCUCUUUAACAAUGGAUAGUCAUGUUAGAUACAGAGACAAAGAUGAGAGUGAAUCAAAGAUGGAUUCCAUGGAUACAGAGAUGAGAAUAUCUUCAGUUACAGAUUGUGUUGAAAUAUCAUAUGCAGAAGUGGGAACUCAAACUAGGCUAAUAAAUGAGAGGGCAAUAAGCUUACUGGCUACAAAACCCGCAGUAAAUGGAAACAAAAAUAGUGUGUCAAACACUAGUAUCUGUGAGGAAGAAGUAAACAUGUCUGUGGACACGGAUUUGAGUCUUCAACAAUUUUCAGAGGCAUAUGAAAGAACUAUACUGGAUAACAAUGCAAGUAAAAAUUCCUGGAGAGAAUUCUCCAAACAGAUGGAGUUGGAUUCCAAAGCAGAGGAAAAGCUGCCUUCAGAAACAUGGUUAGAAACCUUUGACGGAAAAACAGUAUUUGUAGCUUCAUGUUCUUCUCCAAAUAAAGUGACAUUUUUGGAAAACACAGAGAAAUUGGUAGAAGUGAUGAAUCCUGAGUCACUGAUUGAUGUAGGUGAAGAAUUUCUUGAUCGGUGUCUGCUACAGAAGAGUGACUGCACUUUGGAGAGAAAGAGGUCUCCAGGAAAAGGAGAGGACGGGUCAUAUAUCUCUGUGUUAUCUUCCAAUUCUCUUUCAACCACUAACACUGGGUGUAUUAAAACAGUUGGAAUCCUUGUCAGUCAUACUUUGGAUUCCACUCUUAAUAAUAACAAUAAGAUGCGUGAUACUGAUUGCCAGGAACUGAAAACUGCUUGCUCAGUAGUGGAUGAUACAGUAUCAGGGGAGAAGGAGAUUGAUCAGUCAGCUAGUAUUGAGAAUACAUUUUAUAAAAAGACAGAUGAAGAUAGUGUUGAAAGCAAAGAGAUAAUGAAAAUACCUGGAGAGAGACAUGACUCAGGAACAGCCAUUAAUGAUAGCAUAUUUGAACAACAGAAAAAUAUAGAAAACAAAGGUAUAGAUAAAGAGAUGGAGAUUAUGGCAAAUGUGUGUGUUGGACAAACACAUCUUAAUCACAGUAGCGAUACAGAAGCACCUACAAACAGGCUGGAAGGGAAUACAGUGUAUUACUCUUCAGCGUUAGAGGGAGGAACAGCAGAUGAUCUUUCUCCAUUAUGCUUAUCCAAACAGACUUCUCUAGUAGUGGAAAGAAGCUCGGACUGUAAUGAUUAUUCCUGUUCGCAAAGACAGUCCCCUUACUAUGUGAAUAAAAGGGACAUGGGAAACAAUCCAGAACCUGUAAAUGAUUACAUCUUGCCCCAGCAGGUCACCAGGAAUGAAGAAGAUAUGAAGUUGAAUAAUGAAAAUAGAGUUGAGGCAGUAAACCAUAAAUGGAGUGUAAAAUCAGUUACACUGGAAAAAGAUAAAGUGAAAUUUAAGGACACUGAUGCACAUUUUAGUGAGCUUGAUUUGGGAACAUUGAAUAAUUACCAAGAAGAUAAUGAGAACUCUUCUGUUAGCUCUGCCCAUUUGGAAUUACGACAGCCGACUAGUGCAUUUCAUGACCAGCAGGAGACAGAUUCCCAUGCCGGGGAGUCUCAGCAUUUGGAAAGUAACAUAGACUUGAAAUCUGAAGAGGAUCCUGUGAAACAAUCACUUUAUCCAGAAGACUUCGUCAUAGACAAUGAUUUGAAGAAGCUAUGUGAACAAAAUAUGACUACUGAAAUCUUGACACCAACUAGUUUGGAAAGGAGUAAUCAAAAAAGUAUAUGCCAAGAGGAUGGUGGAAUCAAACUGCAAACUUCUGAAAUGGACACACAACCAUGCAGUGUAGACAGAAAUGAUCUUGCGGUUGGGAUGCAGGCUGUUGCAUUUGGAAGGCCUGAAUCUGCCAAAGAAAAUAUAGCUGAAAACCUCCUAAAGGAAAUUGAAACUGAUCCUACAGAGGGGUCUGAGUUAUUCAGUGCAGAGGAGCUUAAUUUAUAUAUCUCAGAUUCUGAAGUUGAAAAGGAAGAAGAAAAUAGCAAGAGAACGAAAAAUGCAAAUGAAAUGCAGUAUGAUAGAAGCAAAAUCCUGAAGGAAAAGGACACUGUCUCAAACAAUGUUUCUGGCAGCAUUAUUCUGCAAGCUGACCUGGACUGCAAACCAAAUGAAGAUCAGCUUGGCAGAGUGAUUGAAACAGAUGAUAGCAAAUCAGUGAUAGGUACAGAAAAGUCAACAGAUGAGAGUUUGGAGGAAAAAAGCUAUUCUCUUUGCAAUGCAGAAUAUGAUCUAAGUGAAGUUAGAAUUGCUGGACCUGAAAAUUGUAGCACCGGCAUCGUAGUUGGUGAAGUCAGUCGCUUAGUAAAAAGCCCAACACUGAGAGAAGAAAAAACAGAGAACCAAACAACUGCAGAACAUGAGCUUGGGCCCUUAUGUUGUCCAUAUAAUUCUAUAGAAUUUCCCUGUGUACCAGGAAGCCAGAGAGAAAUGGAAGCAGUGAAAGGCAAUGCAGAGGUUGGUUUGAAUAAGGGAGAUGCAGGUUGUUCAGAUGAACAUGUAGGAAAUGCUGAUUCUAAUUCUAUCCAAGCUGGAAAAAAUCUAGAGGAGAAUCCAGAGCCUGAGAAUAGCUUACUUGAUGGUUGCAUUCAAGAACUAGAUGUGGGGACAUUAGCUGCACCUCUUGGAGCCCUAAAAACUGUUAAAGACUCUCCAGUAAAUGAAAUGCUGCCCAGCCUUUGUGCAGAAAAAGACAAAUUUAAUCAGAAAACAGAAACAAAUGAACUGAUAUAUAUGCAGCAAGAAAGCAAAGACUCUGAACCCCUGAAAUCCCAAGCAAAGAUAUGCCAUCCCACAGGAUGUGCAGACUUUUCUGAAGGCAGAAAUGAAGGUUUAACGGUUUCAGAGUCUAACUUUACGAACAGAGUGGAAUCUCAUAAAGAGGCGAAUCAAGAUUCUCAGAAUAAAGAGGCAAACAAAAAUAAUUCUUUCAGAACACUAAAAAGACACAUUAGUAGAACCGAAUAUUCUGGAACUUCAGUUUCUGAAGAUGAACAGUGCGCCCAAAAGAGAAACUGCCCUUUGGGGUCUCUUUCCAUGCAGGAGUCUGUAUCUGACCUGCCCAGUCCUAAUGUAACCUUGUUUUCCAUUCCCACUGAUUUGAAGGAGUGUCAUGAUCGGUUUGUUAGCAGUAGUGUUAGGCGGUUCUUUAAAAAAUACCCCAUUCUUCAAACCACUCAGCAUCUUGAUGAAGUGGAGAAGGAAAGUAGUAAAAAUAUUGCCCAACUGGUGAGAGAAUUUUUUAAAAAAACAAAUGACUCUGAGAACCCGGUAAAUGAAAACAUAAAACCUGAAAGGUUUGUGCCACCCAUUGAAAGUAAAGUAGAAGACGACACUGACUGUAAAUCUGUAGGUGAAGUAGACAGUGAUGACAGUACAAGGAGAGAUGAAAGCAGUUCACUUCUAUUUUCAAGUAUUGACCCUCAAGUAAAUGGAAAACAAUCAGUUAAAUUAAUAUCUGAGUCCCAGAGUCUCCCCCUUGACAGUCAGUUUGGGUUUACCGAAGUUGCUGCUAGUUCAGCAGAUUCGGGGACUGAUGGACUAGAAAAAGAUGUGGUAAGUAAAAUUCCAGAAAGCCCAAGUGCAGAUUCCCUGUCUGAAGAGGAACAGUUUCAGUCUAGAGUGUGUUUAGCAUUAGAUAAUCGAUAUUCUUCUGAUAAAUCUCCCCUGAAGUCUCCUGAUGUAGAUUCUGAACAGAGCACCAAAAUCAAAGAUUUGGACUUCAUAUUCUCUGACACAUCGAAUAGCUCUGUUGAAAGUGAGCAUCAUCCGCUUACCCAAAAACUAAGUAGCAGUAGUUCUAGUGGAACGGGUGAUGGGCUUCAUGAAGGUAUUUGCAGUGACAGUUGCAAAGCAGUUGGUCUUGACAUGCAGUCAGGUUUUUCAUGUAACUCCUUAGAAGCCUCAGCUGUGUAUUGGAGCGAUGAUGACACAAAUAUAACUUCAAACCUCAUUGCGACAUCUAGAGAAAGCAGCCAGUAUGUUACAAGUAACUUUCCACAGCAGUUGGAGUCAGAAGACCAUGUUGAAAGCAUCAAAGACAAAAAUUACAUGCCAGUACUGCACCGGGCUGAGAAAACACUUGAUGGUGUCAAAACGCCCAAUAUAGAAGACUUAUCAGUUCCUGGGUUCUGUGUGAAUUCAAUAACUGGGGCCGUUUCUAGUUCACAGAAGAUCAUCUUGAAGGUAGAAAGUGAUGCAGACCAACAUGAAGUCCCUGAAUUUGAUGGUCACAGCAACACACAAAAUAGUGAAAUCUCCUGUCUUCAAACAAAAUCUGCAUGCUCUCCCUGCAAAGAUUUAACACCUGCAGCCACAGUGGAUUGGAACACUAACUCACCUAUACAAGAACAAAUCACAUCCCAUGCAAGACUAGGCGUUAAUUCCCAGAUGCAGUUAAAAAGAAAGCUUUCUCAUGAGGAGCAUGACGACAGUGGUAACAGAAGCAGCAUUUCCCCUCUAUCCAAAAUGUGUCCCCCUGGCGUUGCAAUUUCUUCAGAGUCUGCUGAUGAGGAACCAGCACCAAAUCAAAAGGAAAUUGGCACUCCUGAUGCUUCAGGAUCAUGGAGCACUUCUCAGACCAGCCUUACUGAACCUGUUACCCAAACGCCAUCCAAGUCUGAAGCCAAGCACUCUUUAUCACUGAAGAAGCUGAAAAGUUCAUAUGAAUCCAUCCCUUCUUCUGCAGUCAAAGUGAGCAGUGCUUCUCAGAAGGCUGUAGAUAGUAAUGUAAGGAGAUCUCUUCAGAGCUCUUAUUUCAACAGUCCGUUGGAACUCUCUUCCUUUAAGCUUCUGCCUCCUGAGGCAAGUGAUUCUGCUGAGGUGAUUAAUAGCCACCAUGAGAGAACUGCCAAAGAGGAGGACUUUGCUGAAGAUAAUCAGCAUGGAGACCAGCAAAACCAGAAAGGACAAACUAACCUAUAUGAUUACAUGGACGGAAGAGUUGCUUCGGAGCCUUGUAUUGCAGUGGGAUCAAAAGACCCCAGUGACUUACAGACUACUAAUGAUUUUAGUAGUAUGAGCAGUGUGCCAAAACUAGAGGCUAUGGAUUUGUCUAGGUCAACAUUGAACAGUUUAGCUUGUGAACCUGCUGCCUUUCCUGCUUUCAAAGAAGAAAAUCUGCAGUGUUCUCUGCAAGUACAAAUACGUUCUGACACUUCUGAUCAUUGCAGCCUGGACUUCAAGGAGUAUCCUACAACUCUUGUUCCAGUAAUCUCAACUUUGCACGAAUGUGGUGCCUCAGAGACUUCAGUAAGCUCUCUGCCAGACCAUUCGUUUCGACCAGUGUCUAUAGCAAAUCUUCAGAUUCAAGACAUGGUCCUCUCUCCAUGUAAGUUUAGCCAACUAGCUUCGGAACGUGUUUGCUCUUCAGAUGAAGAAGCUUCCCGUCAUUCCGAGGAUUUAGGUGAAGAUAUGGAAGAAUUCCUAUCCAUGUCUACAGAGAGUUCAAGUGCUAUUGGCCUCUUAUCUGAAACCAAACAUUUGGGCAAUCUCUCUGAUGCUGAAAAUUCUGCUCCCAAAGCAAGUUCCAGUAAUACAAACCUAAUGGAGAGUGAACUUCAGAAAGCCUGGGCUUUAUCAGAGGGAGACAUUGAGUUUCAGUUGAGUCAGUGUCAAACUGUGCUUGAUGAAAUUUCCCAGACUCUGUGUGCUGUGGAGGGCAUUGAUGUAGUGCACAUGAAGGAAUGGAGAGAACAGAUUGAAAACUUGCAGAAAGAUACAAAAAUGCCAAAGACCUACAUUGCAGUGGUGGGGAACACCGGGGCAGGGAAAAGCAGCUUGUUAAAUGCCUUGCUGGAUGAGGAAGCGGUGCUGCCUACAUCUGCCAUGAGAGCCUGCACUGCUGUGGUGGUGGAGAUCUCCAAGACUGGUGGGAAGAGUCUAUAUGAAGCAGAUGUGGAGUUUCUUUCUAAAGAAGAGUGGGAUAAUGAGCUGAAAGCUCUCCUAGAAGAUAUGAAAGACAAAUCUGGUAACUUAAAGAAACGAUGCCCAGAUCGCAAGACUGAAGCUGGCGCUGCCUAUAGUCGUGUGAAAGCUGUAUAUGGGACGAUAGCAGAACUUCCAAAGCUGAUGGAGAUGAAGGAGGUGACUCAGCAUCUUGGGACAGUAAAGCACAUCUCUGCAGAGAAGGCAGCAGAUUUCCGCACCAAAAUAGAGAAAUUUAUUGACUCUCGGACUGAUAACUUACGCGACAUGAAAGGUGGAGAAUUUUGGCCCAUUGUUAAAUGUGUCAAAAUCCGUGUUCCCGGUGCUGAUGUCUUGAAGACUGGGGCAGUGCUGGUGGAUUUGCCUGGAAUUCGAGAUUCCAAUGCUGCCAGGGAUAAUGCUGCCAAAGAGUAUUUAAAGAACUGCAAUGCAGUAUGGGUAGUAGCCAACAUCACCAGAGCAGUGGAUGACAAGACUGCCAAAGAGAUGCUAAGUGCAAACCUGCGGAGACAGCUGCUCAUGGAUGGCCAAUAUGGGAGUUUAGCAUUUGUUUGUACUAAGACUGACAGCUUUAACGUUACAGAAAUAAUGAGUGACCUGGAUUUAAGAGAUGAAAUCCAGCCCAUAGAAAAAUCACUGGAAGAGCUGGAAAAUCAGCGGGUGCAAAUGGAGAUGGAGAAGGACAUACUUUAUGCUCAACUCCAACAAGAGCAGCAACGGCAAGGACCUGGUGCAGAAAAUCCAGCCUCAUUCCGGAAAGAAAAUGACCUUAGGAAGAAAAUCCUAGAGAAGGAAUUCAGAAUGAGUAAUUUGCAAAGAGAGAAAGAUAUGAAGCUUCGUGACAUUAGUCUGAUCUGCGUUCAGUCCCGAAAUAGGUUUUCCAAACAGCGGAUUUGGGUGGAUUUCAACAACGGCCUUCAGGAAAUGAGAAGGAAAGCAGCAUUUGCUGAAGAUGAAGAUGAGGAAGAAGAGGAGACUGAGGAUGAAGAGUUAACUACUUCAGACACAAGUGACCCUGGUGAAGUUGAAUCCCAGCAUGGGAAACUUCAGGUUUUCACAGUCAGCUCUACAGAAUAUCUAAAAUUGCAUGGAAAACUGCUCCGAGAUGGUCAGCCGCAAGUCUUCCACAAUGAGGAGGAUACAG